CCAGAGGAGGGAGCGGGCCGGGGGCUCCCUGUUGCCCUGGUUACGCCGAGGCACGUGUGCAGUCCCGGAAGCGGCUCCGGGAAGCUGCCCAGCGCGCGCAGUCGGAGGAAGCGCAGCCCGGUCCGCUGGGGUCGGGUCCGGCUGGGCCAUGGAGCCGUUGCCUGAGCCCGCGCCCCGGCCCGGACCCCGCUGUCUUCUGCUUCUCUCCCUGCUACUGUUGCUGCUGCUGCUACUGCCGGCCCCGGAGCUGGGCCCGAGCCAGGCGCAAGCCGAGGAGACCGACUGGGUUCGACUCCCCAGCAAAUGCGAAGUGUGUAAAUACGUUGCCGUGGAGCUGAAAUCAGCUUUUGAGGAAACCGGCAAGACCAAGGAGGUGAUCGACACAGGCUAUGGCAUCCUGGAUCGGAAGGCUUCUGGAGUCAAAUACACCAAGUCCAUUUCAGAGCCCCCAGACCAGAUGACCUAUCUUCCUUCCAGCUCUGACUUCCCUUUGCCCCUCUCGUGCUGCUGUCUCUGCAGGGACUUACGGUUAAUCGAAGUCACUGAGACCAUUUGCAAGAGGCUCCUGGACUAUAGCCUGCACAAGGAGAGGACUGGCAGCAACCGGUUUGCCAAGGGCAUGUCUGAGACCUUUGAGACACUGCACAACCUGGUCCACAAAGGGGUCAAGGUGGUGAUGGAUAUCCCCUAUGAGCUGUGGAAUGAGACCUCUGCAGAGGUGGCUGACCUUAAGAAGCAGUGCGACGUGUUGGUGGAAGAGUUUGAGGAGGUGAUCGAGGACUGGUACAGGAACCACCAGGAGGAAGACCUGACUCAGUUCCUCUGCGCCAACCACGUGCUGAAGGGCAAGGACACCAGUUGCCUCGCAGAGCAGUGGUCCGGCAAGAAGGGGGACACAGCCGCCCUGGGAGGGAAGAAGUCUAAAAAGAAGAGCGGCAAGGUCAAGGCCUCGGGCAGCGGCAGCAAACAGAGGAAGGAGCUAGGUGGCCUUGAAGAAGACCCCAGCCCCGAUGAGGAUGAGGGCAUCCAGAAGGCAUCCCCCCUUACACACAGCCCCCCGGAUGAGCUUUGAGCCUAACCCAGUGCCCCCUGUAUUGUGACCCCUGACCUGGAAGCUGAAGAAUCUGGGGCACAGCUCUGGCAGGCAGAUGGCUGUCCCUCUCCAAGUCCUCCCUGCCAUGCUGGCUUCCUGCCGGGAAAGACACAGGGCCAGGGAAGAGCUCAGAUCAGCUGCCGUCAGCCUACCGACCUCCUCCCUCUGCCAAGCGGCUGUCCUGACCCAGGCUUCAGGCAGGCCAUGCGAUUUCACGCCUGCCAAGGACUCCAGUAUGAACUCCGGAGGGGCAGGUGUGGAGAGGGCACCCGGCCUUCACCUCCCCUCACUCCUUCCCAGCAGGGAAGCAAGACUACAGGCCUCCCCACCCCUGCUUAUCCCCUCCUGUGGACACCUUGCACUCUGCCCGGCCCUCCCCAGGGCUCACAGAGUAAAAACCUUUUGGCCUUUU